UAUGUACAUUGUGCUCUGGUUUUGUAUUGUUAUGCUGUGAACUGCCUAUGAUUGUCAGAUGAAGGGCCAUAUACAAAUUUAAAAUAAACUUCCUCUACCUACAUGGGUACAUGCACACAGGGCAGCUGUCCAGUUCCUAAAGCCAGUACAGUCAUACCUCAGGAUAAAUAUGCUUCAGGAUAAGUAUUUUCGGGUUGUGCUCUGCAGCGACCUGGAAGUAACAGAGCGUGUUACUUCUGGGUUUCGCCACUCGCGCAUGUGCAAAGUCAAAAUGACAUCACGCACAUGCGGCGAACCACAACUGGCGCAUCUUACGUUGUGUUCAGGAUGCAAACAGGGCUCCAGAACGGAUCCCAUUCGCAUCCCGAGGUACCACUGUAUGUUAUUCUGAGAUAGUGAAGUGUUCUUCUAUUAAAAGCUUCUGGAGAGGCUUCCUAACUCAUAACUUGGGGGGGGGGGGCAUGCUUAGAGGAGCCAAGAAUGCACAGGAACAUCCCAGAGGUGCUUCUUUUCCUCUCAUUCCCAAUACAACUGCCCGUUUUUCCUCCUGCCUUCCAAUUUUUCUCCUCCCCUCACGCUUGGCCAGCCACAUUGAUAUCUAUUUACUCUUUCCUCCCUUCUACCUGAUGCCACUCUCCCCACAUGCCUAUUACUGUGCACGUGGGGACCUACUAUUGAGAAAAAGUGGAUGUAUGAGAAGGCACUGACCAGCUUCUUGAAAGGAGGCUGAGGCCCAUCAAUAAUCCAUGUCCACAGCUUGAGAAAUAUACUGUUUUUUUCUUUUUGCCACCACUACCCAAAUUUAGGGCACAGAAAUGUGCAUAAGAACACCAUAGCCAAGAAUUAAGAUACAAGGAGAAGAUUGCUUCUAUAUCAAUUUUCCAGAGUACAGUACUGUAUUCUCUACACAGUAUUCCUCAGCAGAAAACAGAAUUUGAAAUGAAAAUUUUCAGAUUGUAUGUGAGGAAAAGAGUUAUAUUUUAUAUGUUUGUUUCUUCCUGAGAGCAUGGUUGAGCAUAAGCCAGUUUAAAACAGCAACCAUGUUUAAUUCAUACUAAAAUAAAUCAUAACUAUAGUGGAAAAGUUGCCAUAAAAUAAGGGAUGAUAAUUUCAACAAAUUUGUAGGCCAAAUAACCAGCUGAGCAGAAAAACAGCAUUAUAGUCAGCCCCAUAUCUUUUUCACAAAAUGUGGACCAUUCUCAGUUCUUGGUGUGUUUCAAAGACCCCAUAAGCAAGAAAAAUUUUAUUACUGUUAAGAUUUUAUACUUUUUUCAUACUUUUAAAGCUUUACCACACUUUGGUUUUACAACAUAAUAGAAGUUGACAAAAUAUUCUAGACUGAUCGGAAAAUAAAGGAGUUAAUUUGCAUCUACUAUGCAUUCCCCACAUUUAAUCCCCCAAAAGCAUGUUUAUCGACUUACUCUCAAGUCUAACAGGGUUGAGAAACAAGGGUUGUCCAAGCAGUUUGCGGGUCAGACCUAGAAAGGUCGCCAUGGGGAUUUAACAUUACUACUGACUCAAACCAAUAGCAGUCUGGAAUUACUUUAAUUAAGAAAUGUAGCCCUGUACCUAAUAACUGAAACUAAUGGCACUGGAUAUUGGCAGGGAGUGUGCGCUACUCACACCUACCUUUUAAGAUUCUACUACACUCCCGGAAAUACUAUUUUAAAAGUUCCCGAGGCAUACUAAUGUUAUUUGUUAAGUGCGAUAAGGCCCCGCGCUUCGAUGCGUUUAAGCCUUCAAGACCCAAAGGUUCAAAGAAGUAAGCGGCAACGUGUCUGCUGAGGCAAACUCUUUUGAUUAAUCGACUUUAACAUAACGAUCUGAAACACCUGAUGAGGAAGGCAGACGCGAGUUUAUAAGCCUUGCUCACCCUUCAAGAACUUAAGAAUGCCAUAGGGUUGGCUGCUCCUCCGCCUCUCCAGCGAGGAUGGCUCCGCCAUGUGACGGCUCCGAGAACCCGAGGUGCACAGCGGGCUGAGAGAAAAUGGCGCCGAGCACCACCGGGAGGGGGCUCGUUCCCAGAAGGCCAAGAAAGGCUACAGCAUUCCGCUCUGCUGCGCACGCGCGCUCCCCCCUCCCCAUCAGAUUAGGGAGGAGGGCGAGGGAACCCGCCUUUUGUCUUUACUCGCACCCUUCACUUCGUACGCUUUCGCUCCCUCCUUUCCGUACUAUACAUACGGCUCAGUCCUUUUCCAGUAGACUGGAAAUGGAAAAAAACUACUGACCUCCAUAAUGUGGGGGGAUCCCUAACUUGUCGUAACUACUUAGCCGCCACAGCCUCCCCCCGCCUCCUCAAGGGCUGCCGUCCCUUCCAGAACCUUCCACACUAACGUCUUCAGUAGCAGGCAACAAGAGCCGCCAACUGCGCCACCAAGUGUUUUCCAGUUAACGGACUCUGCGUCAUCUCAAGUAUCUACGCUACUGGCGUAUUGUGCCGCAGUUAGUCCCCGCGCUAGUCAGCACCACUACACCGCAAUCCCUUCCACGCAAACUGACUAACACCCGAGCUUUAGGUUUCUCCCGCUAACGUAAGGGAGCUACGUGCUUUGCGUAAUGCGGUUGGAGAAUGCGAUCCCGUCUUUCUGGUAAUGGCGGACCUCAUUCUUACGUAGUUAAAAAUUCACACAUCCUUGCCGCCCCAGGGUUUUGUUUUGUUUUUAAUACGCGAAACCACAAAAUUGGCGCGACGUGACCGGGGCAAAAAGUAAUAAGGAAUCGAGCACUCUUCCACAUUGUACUGCUUUUUGCUUAAACCAUCGUUAACCUGAGGUAACGCAAAGCCGUUUAAUAUGGCGAGAGAUGUUUUUGAAAGGGACACCCAAAAUGCGCAUCGUCAUCUCCAGCGAGGCCAUCGACUGUUUCCGGACGCAGCCGGCGACGUCCGGCUGUGGCCGAAGAGCGCCGAAGAGUACUCGAACCUCGAAAAAGCGCCUUCGAUAAUUUCCGGAAAGAGCCGAAGGCAACAAAAGCCCACCCAUUGCUGUAGUCCGGAAAUUGCCGAAGAUCCACGAAGACUAAUAAUCGCGCCAAAAAAAAUGGAGAGUAUAAUUAACCAAGGGCCCAUCCACCCCGCUUUCUAUCUUGUAUCAGCUUAACUAGCACUAACCUAGCGGCGCAAACGGUAUAAAAGAGGGCGCUUUCUCCUCCCGCUUCCUUUGUCGCUUGGGGAAAAUUAAAGCCCUGUCGCUAAUGGUAUUAAAAUUCAGUGCUGUAUUAAAUAGGUCCUGGCAAAAAUAUCUUCCGUGAGCGAGCGGCUGACGGCACCCGCCAUUAGGCGCCUCCUGAGCCCCUUCAAAAAACAACCCACGGGACCAAAUCUAACCCCUUUUCCCUGCACCCGCCAUUUACACCCCACUGCCGCUCUCUCUCUCUAGCGCCUUGGCUUUCCAGGAGGCUCGCCCGCCCGCCAUCCCCAUAAGGACACAAUGAGUGUAAAAAGGUCGGCCAUUACUGAGCCACGCCGUCCGUUACCUCACUCACCCAGUCGCUCUCCCGGUCUCCGCGAGGCAUUUUCGGCCGGUUGAGGAAGCAAAGAAAAGCAAGGGAGGAGGCGAAAGGGUCUUUUUAAAAAAAUUAAAAAUCGCUGCGGUUUUUUUUCUGAGGCGAGCCCCCCUCAGCAGGCAGGCAGGCAAGCAGGCGCGGUGACGGCGGCGGCGGCAGCAGCAGCAAUGGAAGUGUGUGAAGCGGCUAACGACUGCGCGGGCGGCGGCGGUGACGACGUCGACGGCGGCGCAGCAGCGAAGGGCGGGAACGAAAGAGGGCGGAGCCUCUGCUUCCUCGCGCAGCGGCGCUGAGGGGAAAAAAAACCCCUGCCCAGCCCCCCUCCGCGCUCCCGCCCUUGGCUGCGGCUCCCUCCCCGCCCCCCUCCUCUUUCCCUCCCUGCCCUUCCGCCUCGCGCGCGCACUCCCCGCCCCCUCAGAUGUAGCUGCUGCCGUUGCCGCCGCCUCAGUGCGCGCCGGGAGCCAGGAGACUUCGCGGGAGCCGAGCGCCGCUGUGCACACCAUUGGAAGUCCGUAUCUUUCGCUUUCUUCACCCCCCCCGGCCUCACUUUCCUAUCUCCUCCCCCCCCCUCUUCUAACGGCCGUUCGGAAUAACAGGACGGCGAGGGGGGGGGGAACCAGGGCGCCUCUCUUCUUUCCCUCAUUAUUAGGAUUAUGUUUUAUGUAACUCUGUGAGGGAGGCUCAGGCGUGGCCGCUUUCCCUUCCCCACCCCGCUCCUCCCGCCUCAGGUUUGGGCCGCCGCCGUUUCUUUCCGCGCCUUGUGGGGGCCUUAAAAAAAAACAAACCCAUAAGUGCUCCUACCAGCUAGGCCUUUCCCACCCCCAAACCCGCUUUGGGGGCUGUUUGUUUGUAGAUUGAGGUGGGGGGUGGGGAAGAGGACGAUGACCACGCAUCCCCGCCUCGGGCCUUCACUUCUGAAGUUUAAAAAUCGCUUGCUCCCUAGUUGGUGUCUUAAUGGGGAUUGUAGCCGGGGGCUGUUUCUCACUCCGCUCCCGCGUUUUUCCCCCCCUCAAAAAAAGAAAACGAAUCGGCAAAUGGUGAUGGGAGGAGGAGGAGGCACAGGCCGCGAACAAAGCGGAGAUCAGAAGCGUGGACUUCUAUAGAUCUAUAGAUAUAGAUGAAGGUUCAAUGCCUUGCAUGGGGGUGGCGUUGGGGUUGCAGAAAAAGCGUGGCGGUGUCUUUUCAAGCUCGUCGAAGAGAGAGGCGGCGACGGCGGCAGGAAGUCGUCCUGAACGACGCGGUGAUAUGGCGCUUUCCACCGCAGCCGAUCCUGCAUCUUUGCCUUCUCAUGUUCUUGGUGAUGGGAGAGGCCCGUUUGGGUCUGCUUUCCUUCCCCCUUGCGCGCUCACCUCGUGCUAUUAAGACCUAUUUUAGCUUUCAUUUCUUUGCAACAGGCCUUUGUUGCUCUCGCGUCCCGGGUUUCUUUUCUUUCCUAAAUGGAAGCACGAUUUGCCUGGCUUGAAAUUGUCCUAUGAUAUCUUAUCUCCUGCAAGGUGGUGGUGGGAGGCGCUCAGGAUUGCUGAGUGCAAGAGAGCUGCGGGGGAGGAGGGAGGGGGUUGGUCUCUCCCUUGCUUUGCUGAAUCUCAUGGCUGUGAUGCUACUUUUAUAGCUCUGCAGAGGAAACGCCAUGAAUCAGAACUGCAGAAUUUGAGAAAGUAUUUUGUAUUUACUUGUCUAAUGUUUUGGAAUUGGCAAAAUGUUUUAUUGUACAGUUUAUGUGUAAAGUUAUGUGUCAAAAGGUGCAGUGACCGCCUAUAUAGUAGGUGUACUGCUGAUUAAUAGACUAAUCCUGAAUCUUCUUGAAUGGUUGCAUCUACCACUGAUCUAAGUACAUACAAAUGGAUUCAGGAUUCUGUAAUAUACCUUACAGUUGAAGAUUUUAUUUCAUUAUAACUUGUUGUCUUAGAGAUUUUCAAAAUAACAAUUUCCUUCAAACUUUUUUUUUAGUGCUAACUCAGGAUGUGUGAGAUUUCACUAGUGAAAAGGCAUAUAAUGUAUUGUAGGUAACUGUUAUUCCAAAUAAUAACUAGCAUAAUGGAGGCUUAACUUCAUACUCUAUUAAUGUACUUGAAAUAGUUUUGUUCCCCAUCACCUGGAUAGAAGAAGGACCAUACUUGUACUGAGAUGCCUUUCUCUGAGUAAUGCAACAUUCCUUUUGUCAUGCAUUUUUCUAGUAAAAGCUCAGCAAGUCUGCAAUAAAAAUGGCCACCAAUAAAUCUACAUUGGUAAGUUCAUGACCACCUAAAAUAUGUAAGGAUUUUACCACCAUAUUUCUUCAGAUUUAUUAAGUUGGCAUCUCUGUGUAAAAAGAUACAUCCACAUCUCCCCUCCCCAGCAUUAUUUUCCAAAAAACACCAGACAGUGAAAGUGGGUGAUAUCCAAAUGACUUGGACUCAUUUGGCUCAAGUAACAUAAAUCCGUUGAUUUCAGUGCAUCUUCUGAGUAUGGCUGCAUUGGAUAUCAACAAGUAAGGUUGCUGGAAACCACUCUGAGGUAAAUUUUUAUAGCAAUGUGUUUUGUUAUUGAAGCCUGAUACAUGAUUCAAUUCCUCACCUCUGUUUUAUAGGGGCAAUAAUGUACGUUUCGCUUGAGGAAAUGGUAUUGUGUGGGUGGUAGAUUGCAAUCUAUUUAAGAGGGCAUGUGGUGGCAUAUAGUGCCAGUUCCAGUUGAUAUUAACAAUUAUAUUGUGGUAGCAACAUACCUAAGGGACGUGGGUGGUGCUGUGGUCUAAACCACUGAGCCUCUUGGGCUUGCCUUAUCUUCACGGGUGGUAGGUAUGUAAGCCAUGGUUUGUUUGCAUAUGAUCAUUUAAUAUAACUGAUCAUGAUUCCAGCACAUACUAAAACACUUGACAUAAGGUCAGAGUUGGAGGUCUUUGUUUAAUUGAGGUUGUUUUCUAAACACUUGGAUGCCUGGGACACAAGAGACCUGUUCAGGCAUUAAAUCCUUUUGAUGGUUGGAAUCAUACAAAGGAGAGAGUGAGACACUUGCUGGCCCUGCUACCUACACUGGUGCGCAGCCUCCACACCUUGUGUAACGUGUAAUGUGAUUUAGAACCCUACACACGAGCACAAGUACUGCAGACCUUUGUCCUCCAAUGUGUGGAGGGCAGUGGGGACAGGGCAGAAGAGGCAGGUCCCUGGUGCCCCCUAAUUUCCAGAGUUUUAAUGCAUCAAUAAGGCUUAGUUAUAUUUUUUCCUUCUGAAUUAACUGUCACCCUUCAUUCUUACACUUAAAAUGAUAAAUAUAUACGUGCUUCCUUGAUCCACACCUUGAAAAUUUGGCACAUGUUUUUUGCAACUACAGUGGUACUUCUGGUUGUGAACGGGAUCCGUUCUGGAGCCCCGUUCGCAGCCUGUGCACGCACGGGCCGCGAUUCGCCACUUCUGCGCAUGCACGUGACGUCAUUUUGCACGUCUGCACAUGCGUGAGUGGCAAAAUCCAGAAGUAACCCUUUCCGGUACUUCCGGGUCGCCGCGGGACACAACCUGAAAAAACGUAACAAGAGGUAUGACUGUACAGGAUGGUGGCCUGCCCCCUUGUUACCUGUGUUCACUCAGUCAAGGAUGAAGCUGCGUUUCUAAGCAGUAGGAAUAUUUUUGGGAAUUCCCAUGCUUUAGUUAACUUUGUAGCAUAAUGCAGUACUAUUCAAAGUGGUGGUCCUUGAUCAGCUGCUGGUCCAAGGCAACUCCACCAUAGUCCAGGUUGGGAUGCUUCAGGGACCAAGUAAGAUAUUGGUCCCUGGCACAUGGAAUUAGGAAAUGUUGCCCAUCCACCACAUCAGAUAGUUUGAGAAGCACUGACAUAAUGGACAUCCUUCCUCACUCUUGUGAGCUUAACACAACUUGAGGGAAGAUCCAUGUGCUUCUCUAGCUCCUAGCUGAAGGUGAACAUUAGAAUGGCUAUGGUCCUACACGAUGUAGCAUGUGUCACCAACUGCACAAAUUAGUCCCUUUUACCUCUGGAGUAAGAAGCUAGAAUGAUUUACAUGGUAACAAAUGUACACUGAGUUCCUUGGCUUCCUAGCACCCAAAUGAAUUCUUACUUUCCUCCCUUCCACGUUUGCAGCCAGAAGGGAAGGGAAGUCAGUGUCCCCAAGUAGCACUGUGUGUCUGAAGCACUUUCGGGUAUCUUGUCCCCAUCGCUUUUUGGAGCUGGGGAAGCAGCACUAGGGAUAAUUUCUGGCCUCAAGCAGAAAUACAGAGCAACGUGAGGUACCAACAGCUCAGUUCUGUGCAGAUCUACUCUGUGGUAAGUCCCACGGAUUUAGAUGAGGCACUGCUAGAUAACUGAGGCCAGGCCAGCCAACACUUGGGGACUUGUGAUCAUGCAGUCCGAUGCGUCAUUCUUUUUUCCCUGGGAUAAUGUUUUGCUGCACAUAUAUUACUAAAGAGAGGAGAGAAUCAGUGCUGCCUUUGCCCCUCAUUCCACCAAGUAUGGAACAAGGAUGCAGCCAACAUAGUAGCUUCAUUUUUCAAGGCACACUUCAGCCUCUUUCCUGGAGCAGUAUUGGCCCUUGGCAUGCAAUUUAGAAGGUGCUGAACUAGGAGUAUUAUCAAAUAGUUCCUGAGAGAGGAAAGUGAUCUCUUAAGACAGGUGGCAAUGGGAAUUCAAUAGUAAAAAUUAGUUGUGUCUGUAAGAUUCAGUAAGUAAAUUUAGAGAUGUAGCGUUUCUAGAAAUUUGAAGUUAUGGAGAAAAAAUACUCAUUUUUGGGGGGGGGAAUGGAAUUCAGUGGGGACGGGUUAAAUAUGGACGCAAUACUGGCUUUGCUGUCAAACCUAAGCUUAUUUUACUGUUUUAAGAACAUAAAAUUCAUCAUUGAUCUAUCAGUUGUCCUAUUUAGUGUAUUUAUUAAAUUACAUAUCAAUCCAAGGGAUGUUUACGCAGAAAACACACCCAUUUGGUUUUACUCCCAGGUGAGGAGACAGGAAAUGGAAGAGUCAAGUUCUGGCGCUAUUUAUUUUGUUAUUUCUCUUCACAUUUCAGAGUUUAAAACUCCUUCAGGAGCUGUAAAAAAAUUGGAUCUCCAAAAACAUUGAAUUGUGAACGUAAGCUUUAAAAAAAAAAACAGUUUCAAACAGGCUGUGAAGGUUGUAAAUUAACAGAAAUUUCUUUCUGUGCUUCUGCAUGAUACUCCCAUCAUUCCCGAUAGCAGUAUUCCAAACAGAAAGAAAAUUCUGGGAUUUUCACAGAACAAUGCUUUUGGGGAACCUAGAAAUUUGCAAGUGUUUACAACUCCUAAAUGAGUGCUUAACUCCUAACAAUGCAUACUAUUGCCCAGUAAGCACUGGGUCUUGUAUGCUUUUUCUGGCUCAUCAUGCUGCUUCCUGCUCACACAUAGGAUUGCAUCUCUAAAAGUAUUGGUGCAUUUAACUAAUUUCAAAGAGUAGAUGAUAGAGUUUUUUCAGUGUUCCCCCAAAAUUUUCCUUUGGGAGGGGAGAAGGAGGAGACAGAUAAUGUCCCCAUUCAAUAAUUCUCAGCUUUUUUCCAUUUGCUUUCACAUAUCUAUCUACAGUAUAGGUCUUACGUAAUAUAUUAUUACAUUGUACAAUGGUAUGCCAUUAUUAGUAUGCAUAAAUUUUAAUUAUGCAUCAGUUGCUUAAAAAUACGCUGGGAAUAUUUUUUAAAAAUAAAUCUAGAUCAACAGUUGAGCUUUUAACUGAGGGUGCAAUUUGAAAAUUGAGAACUCAUUGUAUCAGUGCAUGGUUUCUAAGGAAGGGAUAACAUGAAUUGCAAAUCCCUCCACUCCGCCAAGAGCUUAAAAUACUGUAGGUCUGUUUGACAGACUGGUGUAUGCCCCCUCCUCACAUGCAAGAUUGGACAUGAAUGAUCAGCUGUAUAAAGCUACGUAAAGCUGAAUUUCAAAUAGUGGGUGGAAAAUACUCACUUGGAUGUGGGGAGUGUCAAUGCAGAGACUUAAUUAGUAAUAUGGCAUGCAUAUAUUCGUUAACUUUUUAUUUCUUUUGUACUUUAUUCCAAAUGUUUUCAGGGAUAUGACAGUACAACUGCACAAGUAGGUUGCUAGUUUUGUAUUAUCUCUGAAAUUCCCAUAGUUGGAGAGGAAACAAUCCCCACACACUGGCAGUCUUAACUGCUGUAAACUGUCUCCACAUAUUCGCAUUCCCUUGGUAAUCUUUGUAGCACUUGGAGGGCAAGAGACAUUAACAUUGGCUGUUUGGGCAUAUUAUGUGCGGGCAUAUUAUGUGCAAUGUUCUUGUACAUAUGUAUUUUUUCAUUUCUGCCAUACCUAUUUUGAAUAGGUGAUUUCCUAUAUCAUACCUCUGUCAAGCUGUUUUUGCCAUCUGGCACUCAAGAAAAGCAAGUAUAUUAUUAUGGAGCUGACAGAACUUGGGAUUUCUGAAUCAUGGCCAUCUCUUCCUUCAAUCUAGUUUUCUCCAAGGGAUUAUUUGGUGAUCAAUAUACAACAUGAUUUCCUCAUGUUUGCUAUUUUGAACGCCUAAGGACAGUGUUAGAAACGGAGAUAUGAGAGCUAGGAGCUAAAGGGCACCUUAAACCUAAGUUAUUGGCACAACAACAGAAUAUCUCGGUGUGCGUUUUAUAACAAGAAUACAAAGCUGAAAGUGAAUGAACUGCAGCUGAAAUAUUACGUUCAUUUUUCACAUGGUCUAGACCAGGGACGUCCAACUCCCAAGAGACUGUGAUCUACUCGGGGGGGUGGCUGACAGUGAUCUAACCAUUUUAGGGGGGCAGGUCAAAGUUGUUGAGCUUUUUUUAGAGGAGUGGGUCAGACUUCUAAGUGCAAAAUUAAAAUAAAUUGCUCACCAAUAACAGCUGCUAAGAGACGAAUGCAGUGCUACAGCAGACAACUAAACGCAAUGCAGGGAAAGACCAUGAGGGAGGGGGCGGAAACAUAAUUCUAAACAACGCGAGCAAUAGGGAUCCCGCGAUCGAUCGACAACAAUCAUUCGGGGAAUCGAUCUGUCGACCAGUUGGACACCCCUGAUCUAGUCCUUUCCCUGCCCACCCCUAAUAUACUUGAGAGGGUCUCUUCUCCAAUCUUCAGAGAGUAGUUGGAAGUGGCAAGGCAGAAAAAGGUCCUUCUUUCCUUCUACUUUGUAGUUUUAAUGUGAAGUCUUAGGUGCAGUGCUGUGCCCAGAGCUCAGAACCUGCUUGCACUAAUGAAAUUACCUGUCACAAAAUGCGCCUGAACCAUGGGAGUUUCGGACACUGCCUAAGGAGUGCUUCCAAAACUCUGUCUGCUAUUCUGCACUUGACUCUUGAACUGCAGCAGUUUUAGCAUGACACUAAUAUACUGGUUUCAAGCCAAUGCAUAGGAAAAAUUUGGGAAAAUAAUAAUCCUUUUACACUAAAUUGUGCAUUACUGAAGUUGGAAUGCUUUGAGGAUGAUGUGGAUGUAGUACUUUGUUAUCUGAAUGUUCGGCUGUUAAGUGGAGCUUAAAUUAAAGUGAUUUUCAGUCUUAUUUAAAGUGUGCUGUGCUUGAUUUAUAAAGUUCCAGCAAUGCAAUAGGCAUUUGUAUUAGUGAACAGUAAACACAAAGUUUCAACCUAGCUUUAUCAAGAGCAACUCUGAAACUUUUGCACAAGUAUGUUUUUGCACAUGUAUGUUCUGCUGUCUAUAAUGAAAGUCAAAAUGCAUGCAUGGAUGUAAUUGUUAAAUAAAUGUUUCAGAUUUAGCAUCUGAAAAAUGCUCAAGCUGCUAUUAACUAUUGUUGUUGAAUCGCUAUUAACAAGGCAUAUAUAACUCACUGGUCUUCAACUAAUGGCUCAGGACCCACUACUGGGUUGCUAACUGAUCGAAGGUGGCUUGCAGCAGCUGCACUACCACAAUAUAAAGUGAAAAUUUUGCCAUUUGUAGUAAAAUUUAAGAAAUGGGUUCCCAAAUGCAUGUUUCAGUUGAAGGUAGGCCCCAGGUCUGAAAAAGUUGAAGACUAUUAAUCUAACAUGUAUGCAAGUAAUUUAAAAAGCUAAAGAAGCUCAUCCUUCUAUCUUCUGUGUGCCUUCCCAAAAUUCAUUUUUGAAGCUUAUUUUUUAUACAAUAUAUUUUAAUACCCAUCCGUACAAAGCGAAUGGCAAUAAGCUAUUUGGAACAAAAUAGCAAACAAUUAUUUCAAACAAAAGGAUUUAGAAUUCAUUGCAAAAUAGAUUUGGAAUUAACUUCAUUGACCCAGAAGGGUUCUUUUUACAAUAAUUUGUUCUCUCACUGAGCAAAAUACGAAAUUUUCCAUGAGAAUCGAUAAGUCCUGUAGACCUAGAAUCGAAUAGUAGUAUAACUGUUAAAAUACAUCUUUUCAAAUGAUUUUGUUUUGUAGCAUAAAAUGGGGAAAAAGCAGAAUGGCAAAGGCAAAAAAGUUGAAGAAACAGAACCUGAAGAAUUCGUUGUGGAGAAAGUCCUGGACAGGCGUGUAGUUAAUGGCAAGGUUGAGUACUUCUUGAAAUGGAAAGGAUUUACUGAGUAAGGAGCUUCAUCCAGAACUACUAUUUGCUUGGUUGGUUGGGGGUGUAGGCCACAAUUCCAUGUGUAGAGCUGAAAACAUUUUGAAAGACUCACAUAGCCAAAAAGAAUCACCUUUCCCUGUAAAACUCUGGCCUGUUUAGAAAUGAUUUAAAUUAAUAAUAGCUGUGUGGUGGGCUGCAGUAAAAAAAUAAAAGCAGCUCUGGCUGUGUGGAUGCCUCUUCAGCCCAUGCUACCAAUGGCAAAACCUCCCUUCACUAUUGGCAGUAUGUGUUCUUUGACACCCGACUGUAACUACAUUGGUACCUCGGGUUACAGACUCCACUAACCCAGAAAUAGUACCUCGGGUUAAGAACUUUGCUUCAGGAUGAGAACAGAAAUUGCACAGCGGCAGUGGGAGGUAAAGUGGUACCUCAGGUUAAGAACAGUUUCAGGUUAAGAGCGGACCUCCAGAACGAAUUAAGUUCUUAACUAGAGGUACCAUUGUAAUCCAAAAGCUGCUGAUUGAACUAGAAAUUAAAACUGAAUAUAGUCAAGAACCAUGCUGCCAUCUUUGUUAACACACAUUAGUCACUUUAGAAAAGGUUACAAAUCUUAACUACAAAAAUAAUCUUUUUUCUUCUCAGUCAAUUCUAUACAUCUUGCUGAAAAUGUUUCUUAGCGUUCUGAUCCUUGUUGCGUGCAAGACCUCUUCUCUCACCCCAUCUAGUUUGCAAGGUUUUAUAAGGUGUAACAUAGUCUCUCCCAGUUAUGCAUAAUUAACAAGCAUAUGUUUUUCUAGAACCUUGCUUUGUUAUUGAGCUAAACAUGCUACUUCUUUACUAUAAAUAGCAAUAUAGCAGCAUAGACCAAAGUAAGCAUUCCAAGGUUUUUAAAAAGAAAAAUCUAGUUUACCAGGAACAGAAGAAUAUUGAUUCAUUUCUCUCUGGCACUUGUGAAAGACUAGAAACUCAACCUAAGUCUAGAAACAUCCAAAAAAUUCUUUGUCCUUGUGUGCAAUUCUGAAUGUUUGCAAACUGAACAUUACUAUAGGGCUCAAUUGACCUAUAUAGCAUUGCUUAUGUUACUAUUUGUGGACUCUGAAAUAAUAAUUCAGCUCAUUUAACAAACCUUACUGUCUACACCUGGGUAACCCAUGACCAUUUUUCGAUAAUCUUAAGUCUAAAUGAUUGUACACAAGUAGGUUGGAAAUAUUUUUACAGAAUCUGUUGUGACCCAAGUUGGCCCACAUAAAAUUAAAUUGCAGAGAAAUAUGACUUCAGUGUCUUUAAUAACUGAGCACAAUUUAGCAUUUUGUUAGGGUGGGUGGUUUGACUUUAUAGAGUUUGGCCAUCUGAUCCAGAUUUCUAAUUACUUCCAUUCCUUUUUUUCAUGAAUUUUGUUUUAGUGCCGAUAACACAUGGGAACCAGAAGAAAACUUGGAUUGUCCAGAGUUAAUAGAAGCUUUUCUGAGUUCCCAGAAAGCUGGUAAAGAAAAAACAGAGGGCGCCAAAAGAAAAUCUCUUUCUGAUAGUGAGUCUGAUGACAGCAAAUCAAAGAAAAAAAGAGAGUCUGUAAGUUGGUUUGGUGUUUGGAUUUCUCCUAAAAUACAUUGAUGAGGUGUAGUGGUUAGUGUGUUGGACUAGGGUCAGGAACACCCAGGUUCAAAUGCUUGUUCAGCCAUGGUACUCAUCCCAACCUAUUUCAUGGAGUUGGGAAGAUACCCUGCAGGUGUGGGAGGAGCAGGUGUGCUAGGCAUGGUGGUGACCUGGUGGAUGGGCUACAAUGGUCAUGAUUGUACUGAGUACUGAGGAGUUUUGAGCCCGACAAAAUCUGGAAGGCUAUAGGCUCCCUAUUCCUGAUGUAACAUAUCCUUAGUUCCGUGAACAAAGGUUGGUAUAAAAUCAUAAUAUAGUAGUUAGCCAUGCAGCUUUUAACAUGUGAUGAAUACAAACUUAAGUAUCUCCUAAGAGCUGUUAUAGCCCAGUUUUGCAAGCUGCUUGUACUAGGUUACAUCUUGGUAGCCUCUUUAACGUUCAGUCUGAAAAGUUUCUAAAAAUGUCUUCUGAUCUGCAGAAAGUUAAUUCUUUAGUACUGUGAAGUUAUCAGUAUGUUCAUGGAAAGUGAAAUGAAACAAUUGAUGGGUAAAAGAACUGAAAGCUUAGUGUAAUUUAUUAUUAUUAUUUUUUGCUGACAUUCUGGAAGACCUUUGAGGGGGUUUGUGUGUUCUAUGGCAGCUUUUCUGCAAUAGUUGGAACGUAUUUAAAUGUUACUCCAUAUUUAAUCAAACAGGUUGAUAAACCCAGGGGAUUUGCAAGAGGUCUUGAUCCUGAGCGAAUAAUUGGAGCCACAGACAGUAGUGGGGAACUUAUGUUUCUUAUGAAAUGGUAAGUGGUAGAAUGGAAAUUUCAGCAGCAGUGCAAAGUGUGUCUUAGACUGACCUUGAUAAAGAAUAUAAUUUUCCUGUUAUAAACUGACUGAUAGGAUGGAAAGACUAUUGGUGGUUGGGUUGGUGCUCCCUCUGAGCAUUGGUAAUUUUGGUCCUUUACUACUUAAGGAGUUUAGAAAACUUAAGGGCACUCUUGUUGCUGUUUAGUACCAAACUAGUACUAGGUUUUAAACUGAAGAGAGCCCUAGCCUAUUUUGUUACCACCUCUAUCAAACUUAAACCACUGUUGCUGGUAUUUAGUUUUUACUGUACUUUUAUGUAUGAUUAUUUAAAUUGUUACAGUGUAAGACUGAAUUUCUACUCCAAAGACCAUAGCUACACACUUGCAGCUCAGUUUUAUUCAUGUGUUCUUGAAACAAAGGCCUACUUACUCCUGCAGCAUUAGUAGCUACAUUCAGAAAUCUCCCCCAACAGUUACUAUUGACUACUUUACCUCUCACUUCCAAUUGACUGCUUUACUGGUGGUAUAAAAACCCAGUGAACAGCAACUUAGGUUUUGUUACAAAUGGGAAGAGAUACCUAGUAUGCCCCCCCCUCCUUUGAAGAGCUGCUACUGCCCAAGAUUCUCAGUUAAGCAAACUUUGAAUAAUUAGAGCAGGAAUUCUUAAUUCCUUUGACCCUUUUAAUGAUAAGUCUAUAACAGGGGUCAGCAGCCUUUUUCAGCUGUGGGCCGGUCCACUGUCCCUAAGACCAUGUGGUGGGCCGGACUAUAUUUUUUUUGGGGGGGGUGAAUGAAUGCCUGUGCCCCACAAAUAACCCAGAGAUGCAUUUUAAAUAAAAGGACACAUUCUACUCAUGUAAAAACAUGUUGAUUCCCGGACCAUCCGUGGGCCGGAUUGAGAAGGCGAUUGGGCCGCAUAGACCCCUGGUCUAUGAUAAUCAUGUGCAUGCUUGCCUGGGAAUAAAGGUCUGCUGCAUUAAAUCAGACAAACUUUUGCAUAAAUAUAUCUAGGAUUGGGUUGUGUGCAUAACUGCUACUGAAAAGGUCGAGUAGCGGUACUUCAGACUGCAGGCUCACGAAAUCCUGAAUGCAUGUUCUUUUCUUAAAACAGGAAAGAUUCUGAUGAAGCAGACCUGGUGCUCGCCAAAGAAGCAAAUGUUAAAUGCCCUCAGAUUGUAAUUGCUUUUUAUGAAGAACGACUAACCUGGCACUCAUGCCCAGAGGAUGAAGCGCAAUAAUUGUUUGGGUUAUCCCCCUCCCCCCCUUUUUUUAUAUAUGUAUGAUUAUAACUUACCAGAAAUGUUGAAAGCUACGUUUUAAUGAGACAAGUUUGAUUAUUUUUGAAGUAAUGUGUUUUGCAUAAACAGAAAGAAAAAAAAGAGUUUGUGCUGUUUGCUUUGUUUUAUUACAGGAGAGCAUUUGGUACUGCUUUCUUCAUUUUAGGCAAAGUGUUUUCUAAAACUUGAUAGUUAAUAGUGAACCCUAAUGGCAGAUUGAUCAAAUUCACAAGUGUUUUUGUAGUUCUAUACGACUGUUGUGCAUGCAUCUUUCCCCCAGUUUAGUCCUUUCAAGUCUUUAGUAUUUGUGGCUACUUGGUUCUAAAGGGACCAGGUAAAAACUUUUUAGUAAGUGGAAGGUGCAGGCUGUAUAUUAUUUACUUUAUUGUAAAUACUGGUGAACACUUAUCAAUAAAAUAGUUUUAUAUUAUUGUUCCUUGUUUUCCAAACAGUGAUAAGCUUAAGACUCUUAAGAAAAAUAGCAUCCUCCAAUAAAAGCACUGGCACAACGUUCACCAAACAGAAUUACUGCAAUGAGAUUUUGCAUGGCCCCUACAAUUUGGCCCACAACUUUCCUUGGCUUGUGUCUUAGAAUAAACUAACUUUUGUUUCAGGUGGCCAUACAAAUCUCCAGUAGCAUGCUUUUAAGUUUGACCCAACUGGAUCAUGAGCAAUAUUACAUUUCUCAGUUUCUAGAAGGUCAGUGUCCUGACUUGGUUGCCAUUUCUCCAGUCAAAGCAAUUUGGUUUCUAAGGUGUAUACACCGGAUUGAGAUGAGUUUGGCAUAAGUGUGUGAGAGGAUACAAAGCCAUGUUUUUACCUAGGGCCAUACUACAGACUGCUCUGGCAUGAUGUGUGCAACACAACAGCAUAGCUCAGCUAGUUAGAGCAUGGUGCUGAUAACACCAAGGUUGCAGGUUUGAUCCCCGUACCUGCAUUGCAUGGGGUUGGACUAGAUGACCCUCAGGGCCCCUUCCAACUCCAUGAUUCUAUGCAAUAUGGGCUAGUUCCUAAAAACAUACCAAUUGUUGAUUUUGUGCAGUGACUUCAUGAGAAACAACCCAGCAUGUAUAAUAGUGCUGUGAAAAUGACUUUUUUCUAAAGUGAGCUAAACUCACUGUCUCUCGCUGCUUUAACUGCAGGUGGAGCAAAUUUCUGGAUACUCUUUUGCCUUGCAUUACAGAAGAAGUGUAUACCUACGUUCACAUAUGGCCUUUACACAGUACAGUCACACCUUGGAAUUCGAACAGCUUUGUUGCUGAACGUUUUGGCUCCCGGAUUAUUGAAAACCGGAAAUGGUUGUUCCGGUGUUCAAACGUUCUUUUGGAAGCUGAACGUCCAGUGGGGCUUCCGCGGUGAUUGGCUGCAGGAGCUUCUUGUGGCCAAUCGGAAGCCGCGCCUUGGUUCCCAAAUGUUUCGGAAGUCAAACAGACUUCCGGAACGGAUUCUGUUCAACUUCCAAGGUACGUCUGUAUAUGUGAAUAGCAAUUUUGAAUAGUUCCCUCCUUUACAUGCACAUGGAAAUACUAGCAAUGUGUAUACACACAUACACAUGUGUAUAAAUAUAUAAUUUGGCCAUUCAAGCCACUGAUACAGUAGCUUUAUGCUUUCUAAUUCAUUGAAUUGUAAUCACAGCAAAGGGGCUACACACACUGGCUGAAUCAUUAUAUCCCCUGCCAGUCUAUCUUGUCCAUAUGAUGGUAUUCUUCCAAUAUUAUAAUUAUAAUGGUGUGAAGAAGAGAGCUGGAUUGCACUCGUGCAGGUAGAACUAUCUAUUGAAACUUUGACAUAGGCCACAGCAGAGGGAAAAGUCUGAAGAGGGGAUAAUUUUGAACCCUGUGUUCUUACGGUUCUUAAUCAUACUGACCUCUCUUCAGACCCCACCAGUGUGGAAUAUGGCAGAGAUGAGAUGAGGCAGCACCAUUGCAGUCCUUUUCUUUACAUGAUUAUAAUUGUAUUAUGGGAUGAAUGCAACUAAUAAAAUACUAUUUUUUAAGUAAUAAAAUAUUUUUAAAAUGGGGAUAAUCACCAUCAUAAAGCUGUUAUGUGUUCCUCUUCUGCAGGUGAUUAUUCAUCACAAGCUGUCUUUACUGAGCAGGUUCCCCAAUGCACUGGUGUUACAGGAGUUGUACUGGUCCUAUUUUUAAAAUGGCAUUCCAUAAAAUGCAGCAAAAUCAUUAGCCAUAGAAAUUGGGUUUCAACUAUUUUUAGGAUUGGUAGGUAAAUGGCAGUUUUUGAAAUAAAACUUGUUCCAGUCUCAAUCUUGAUAAUAUUCAAUCAACAUGAUCAUUUGAGAAAACAACUUUAUUUUCUUUUUUAAUAAUACUGUAGCAUAUUAGGACCAAAAUGCAUACUAGGAUGUCAGGGAUUUACCUGCUAGUAUGCACAGAAUUUUCUUGGUAAGGAUAGAACAAGCAACAAAUAAAUUCAUGUAAAAAAAUAAUAAUAUCACUACUGCUGAAAUGAGAGUGUUUAAAUUUCAAGAUGCCAACUUUACAAUAGCAACUAAAUUUAAAACGAGCUGUGCACAGGGCAGUGAAAAGUUUUUGAGAUACCUGGACUGCCAUUAAAUUCCAGCUUCCUAGUAGACAUUUUCAUCUGCAUUGCUACAGCCAGAAAAGGAAAGGAUGCACCCAGUUCCUUAUCUUUAGAAAAACUUUCUAUUAAUUCAAUGUGUUACUGCUUGAUGGGAAGAUUACUGUAACUGGAGAUGUAGUAAACUUAACAGUCUGAAGCCCCUUGGAAUACAAGGUGGUAAAUGUGAGCUUUUUUUUACUGACUUAAGUAUUAUUGUGCUUUCCCUUGUCGGGUCAGUACAUGAGCUGGUUUUAACAAGAAUUCUCAAAACUGGUCAAAGUGAGCUACAAUACAGCAAGUAUCUCCGAAGUGAUAAAAUGGCUAGAAUGGAACAUUUCAUUUAUGAGACAAUUGAGUCUUCUAAAUAUGGUAUUGGAAAAAAUAAGGUUUUCAUAUGUGGAAUUGACUCCCUACAUUUCAAUAAAACAUUUCCUUGCUCCUGUU